UGAGAGAAGUUCUUGAAAAAUAGUCUUGUAAAAACUAUGGGAGGAAUAGAACGAUUUAAAUUUCGAAUAUGACAAUGUAAUAUCCAUUAGAAUGUAAAUUUGUUUUUCGUUGUUCGAUUAUUCAUCAUGGACUUAAACGGAUGAGUGAACAUUUAGAAAAAAAAUAAUAUUUUUGUGACUUAUUAAUCCACAUAAGAUUUUUUUUUAUAUUGUGGUUAUAUCGUUCCUCGUAUUUCAAUCAUGUCCAUUUAAUUUGCAAAGAAUUAUAAUAAUUAAUAAUUAAUACAAUAAAAUUUUUCCGAUCAUGGCAAAAUUAUAUAAUAACGUAGUUCUAUGUAGAGGAUUGCCUGAACAAGCACCAACGGAAGAUAAUUAUUUGCAUACUUUAAGAUCAGCUGGUUACAAUUGCGAUUAUUUGUAUACUUCACGAUUUGAAUUCAUUAACAGCUCAAAUUUGAAAACGUGCUUACAAAUGCCUGACAAUUAUCAUGGUUUAAUAUUGACUAGUCAACGUUCUGUAGAAGCAAUAUGGCAAAUAUUCAAGGACGAUAAAAAAUCUUUAAGCCCAUGGCAAAAGUUACCGACGUAUUGCGUUGGUCCUGCAACUGCUUCUUUAGCAGAAAAUUACCUAGGCUUAGAAUGUUGUCUAGGUAGUCAAUCUGGUAAUGCCAAUGAUCUAGCAAAGAUCAUUAUUUCUGAUAUGAAAGAGAUAUCAAAACCGCUGUUAUACCCUUGCAGCGAGAUAGCGCGCGACACCAUCGAUCAAGUUCUUUCCAAAAACAGAAUAAAUCUACACAAACUUGUUGCUUAUCGGACCAUAGCCAGGGAAUCGUUAGAAGCUGAUUUCUUAAAUGUUAUUGGUUCUGUACCAAAAAUAUUCGUUUUUUUUAGUCCAUCUGCUGUACAAUAUCUUGUAUCUGUAUUAAAGAAGUAUCCUGAUAAUAUAAAAAAUAUCAAAGCAGUAGCAAUUGGACCUGUGACCAAACAAAGCUUAAUAGAAGCUGAUUUUACAAUUUAUGCCACUGCAACAAAACCAAAUCCGGCGAGUUUAUUAGAAGCUAUUAACAAUGCUGAUUGCAAUGAUAACUCAGAAACUACAUAACUAUACGUAACUAUACAUACUAUACAUAAUAUACAUAAUGUAUGUGAUAUUAUUUUUGUUAUUAUCGUCGUAGGUAUGUUAUAUAUUAUUAAUUAAUUACCUAUUAAUUAUUAUUGUUAUUAUUAUUUUGUUAUUGUUAUUGUCAAUAUUUGACUUAUCAAUGGUAUAACUAUUUAUUAAUUUAAAAAAUUCUUAUUGAAUAAAUUACAAUUAA